AUGACGAGCUGGCCUACAGUCAACAUCAAUUCCAUUCCAACGAACAACACAGCAGGUACCUCAGCAACGAAUCCAGCAAGCAAAAGAGUCGGAAAUACAGCUCUGGCGGGUGGAUCUAAUCUGCAGGAGGUAAAUUACGAUCCUCAAUCACAAUCUAAUCCGUAUUACCUACACAUUAACGAGAAUCCAGCAUUGGAACUUGUUUCCUUCCCUUUGGAUGGAUCGAAUUAUCACGCCUGGGCUAGGGCCAUGACCAUGGCAUUAUCCUGCAAAAACAAAGUGGCUUUCAUUAAUGGGGUGAUCAAGAAACCUUCCCAAGAUGACCUAGAAAGAUACUACAUCUGGGAAAGAUGCAAUAAUAUAAGACGAUUCAGUCAACAAGAUCUGUUUAGGGUUGCGGAGAUUAUGUGUGAGAUAUACCAAAAAAAGCAGGGGGAUGAAUCCUUGAAUGAAUACUUUACAAAACAAAAGCUGCUAUGGGAUGAGUUGAUCAUACUCAAGCCUCCAAAGAUCUGCACCUGCAACAAGUGUGAUUGUGGUAAGAAAUUGGAUGAGAUAGUUGAGCAAGGAGAGAAGGACAAACUGUCCAUCUUUCUAAUGGACUACAUGAGAGAUACACUGCUGCUAGGGAUCAGAUCAUGUUAA